AUGAGCGACUCAGUGUUUAAGCACGCCGUUGAGCUAUGGUCGAAGGCCAAUUUGCCUGAGCUCCAACGUCAACUGGAUGAGAGCGUGUUGACGAUGAAAGAGCUUGAAACAAAGUCCUUAAAUUCUCGGAAAACCCUAGCUAGCGAGACCAAGCAAUUCAAAAGGCUCAAUGAAGAACAAAAGCUUGCCCAAGUGAAUAAAGUUAUUAAGCAAUACCAGCAGGAAGUUGACAGUCUCACUUCUCGGUCAAAAUUCUCAGAAGAAGUACUCCUAAAUCUCUAUGCCAAGCUAUCUGAAACUCCGGAUCCACAGCCCCUUCUUGAAGCUUCCAGCCAGCAGUCCCACAGCGAGGAGGAAAUUGCUGGGCUCAAGAACACGAUUAUCGAAUUGGAGCACAAGGUAUCCAAACAUGCCGACUAUGAUAAGAUUCGGGCUCGACUACUGGAUCUCGAGCAGAACUCUGCUAAAACACUUUCUAAAAGGCUUUCUGCCAAAGAGCAAGAGCUGAACUCGAAGUGGCAGGAGAAGGAGAGGAAUUGGUCAGAGCGCGAAAAAGACCUAGUCAAGCAACUAGAGAUUGCCAGAGAUACAAACAAAGUUCUGGAAGGCAAGUUAUCUCAAUCUGCCGACGGGGAUGAGGACCAUGACAUUCACGGCCGAUACUCUGCUGAGCACGACUUGUUGCUACAAGAAGUCCAAUCCAGCCAAGUUAGGAUUAUGGAUUUAGAAAGAAGAAACGAAGAGCUCAGCGGCUCUCUAGCAAAAGCCACAAGUCAGGAAGAGCAAGACUCAGAGGCAAAGGCGAAGAGCCUAAAAAUCAACGAGCUGGAAUCCGAAAAUGCUUUGCUCAGUGCUUCUUUAGAGCGUGAACGCAACCUGUUAAAAUCCAAUGUUACUGACAGAGAAGGCCGUAUUGAAAAAUUAGAACAACAACUAGCCGCCUUGCAAGACGACCUCUACAAAAAGACGCGUAAGCUUGAGGUUUAUGCCGACUAUGAUUCUAUUAAAAAGGAGCUGACGGCAUUGAAGAAGAUCGAAUUUGGCGCAUCUGAUGACGAGAACGCUGGUGUUGAUUCAACGCUACUGAAUGCCAACAAAAAAUUGCAGUCAAACCUUGCUGAAUUGCGGGCUAAGUUCAGCGGCAUGGAAAAGGAGCGCGCAGGCUUACAGCAUGAGGUUAAAAGCCUAAAUGAUAAAAUAAGUGGUCUGGAGAAACUCAACGCCCGGUUGGAACUCGACCUCGAAAAGGUUGACAGCGUGAGCAUGAUCACAGACACGGCGAGUAUGAUGUCAGGCGCGACGCGACAGAUGAACCGUGUAGGAACAUCUGCAAGGCCAGGGGGCAAGUUAUCUCCUACCAGCUCUAUCGUAGGUAUCCCAGAGGAUGAAGAAAUGCCCAUUUCUAGCGGAAAUGCUAGGAUCUUGCCCAUUGUCACUCAACAGAGAGACAGGCUUCGCCAGAAAACUACCGAGUUGGAGAAGAAGCUGAGACAGACGUCACUAAACCAAGGAAACCUCAGGACUGAGGUCGAGAGCUUGAAGAACGACAACGCGAAGCUGUACGAGCGCAUCAGGUUUUUGUCCUCAUAUGGAUCGGGGAGCAACCUGCAAAUUGAAGACGACUCACGUUAUUCAAAAUCCUACGACGAGUCGUUGCAUCCGCUUGCAGACUUCAAACAAAAGGAAUUGAGCAGAUACCAGAAAAAGAGCAUUUCCCCCAUGGAGAAAGUGCUCCUGAGCUUCGCCGGGAUUGUGCUGGCUAACAAGACGAGCCGGAUGUUGUUUAUGUGUUACUGCCUAGGGCUACACGGCCUGGUGAUGGUGAUGAUUUUCUACGUCGCGAGCUUCUCGGGCUCUAUGAGUGGGGGAACCGUGGGUGUACGAACGGCCGGCGCCGGAAUGUAG